GCCUGCAAACGGGAAGUUCAAAUAUAAAUAUACCAGUACAAGUAGAUGGGCAUAUAUCCUAGAGCAACAGAAGAUAAAGAAUAAGCUACAUGCCACGACGGCCAGCGAAAGCAGUCGACAGCAGCAACAACAUCAACAACAACAAUAUGUAGGCUGCAUCAACAACAGAUUCAGGUGCAGCUACAACAACCAUCACAACCACAAUAACAACAAGCACAAUUCAAGAAGCUGAAACAACCACCAUCAACGAAACACGCAAAGAAACAAGAUACAAAGCAAAAAAUAUAGAUCCAACAAGAGAGAGAGGCAAAAAAAAUUCCGGGUUGAGUCCACUCUAAAUGCAGCACGUGAGCGCUGCCAGUUCGGCACCUUCGGUGGUUUCAGCACCGGUGGUGACCACUGGCGGUGGCACCACCAUCACCUUGGGCGGACCGCCGCCAUUGCCCGGCAACAAGUCAGAUCAUAAAGAGGACGGCAGCAAGCCGCCACACGGCAUUGAAAUGUAUAAAGUGAACAUUGAGGAUAUAUCGCAGUUAUUUACAUACCACGAGGUAUUUGGCAAAAUCCACGGCGAUGUGGUGAAUCAUGUGGCGGCGGUGCAUGGCAGCCAGUUGCCACCGCCGCAAUUGCCGCCACCACCACCAUUACCACCGCAGACGACGCAUUCGGCUAGCGCAGCUGCAGCUGCAGCGGCGGUGUCCACAAAUAAUGCAGCCGUCGCUGCUGUAAUGGCAUCGGCCAAUGCAGCAGCCGCGGCUGCAGCGGCCGCAUCGGCCGCGGCCACGGCCCAACAGCAACAACAGCAGCAACAGCAACAGCAAGCCCCAGCGACAAGCGCAAAUGCUGGAACCACCCAGCAGGGCAGCGCCACGGUGACCACAACUAGCUCCUCCGGUAGCAACGGGGGGAAUGGGGGCAACAACAAUGCGACGACGACGACGACGGGUGAGUUGCUAAUGCCGAAAAUGGAGGGCGGCAUCCAUGGCGUUGAUGGGCAAUCGAGCGUUGCGUUGGCGCCAGAUGGCACCCCUAUAGCAACUGGGACGCAUGUGUGCGAUAUUUGUGGCAAGAUGUUCCAAUUUCGCUAUCAGCUAAUUGUGCACCGUCGCUGCCACAGCGAGCGCAAGCCGUUUAUGUGUCAGGUAUGCGGUCAGGGUUUUACCACAUCGCAGGAUUUGACCAGGCAUGGCAAGAUCCAUAUUGGCGGCCCCAUGUUCACAUGCAUUGUCUGCUUCAAUGUGUUUGCCAAUAAUACGAGUCUGGAGCGCCAUAUGAAACGGCAUUCAACGGACAAGCCAUUCGCCUGCACCAUUUGCCAAAAGACUUUCGCACGCAAAGAGCAUCUGGACAAUCAUUUUCGUUCGCAUACGGGCGAAACACCGUUCCGUUGCCAGUACUGCGCCAAGACGUUUACGCGCAAGGAGCACAUGGUCAAUCAUGUGCGCAAACACACGGGUGAGACGCCACAUCGUUGCGAUAUUUGUAAGAAGUCCUUCACGCGCAAGGAACACUAUGUUAACCACUACAUGUGGCACACUGGUCAAACACCGCAUCAGUGCGAUGUCUGCGGCAAGAAAUACACGCGCAAGGAGCACCUAGCCAACCAUAUGCGCUCCCACACCAACGAGACGCCGUUCCGUUGCGAAAUCUGCGGCAAGAGCUUUAGCCGCAAGGAGCACUUCACCAAUCACAUACUCUGGCAUACAGCAGGUGAGACGCCACAUCGGUGCGAUUUCUGCUCCAAGACGUUUACGCGCAAGGAGCAUUUGUUAAAUCAUGUGCGGCAGCACACGGGAGAGUCGCCGCAUCGCUGCUCCUACUGCAUGAAGACGUUCACGCGCAAGGAGCAUCUGGUGAAUCAUAUACGCCAGCACACGGGUGAGACACCGUUCAAGUGCACGUACUGCACGAAAGCGUUCACACGCAAAGAUCACAUGGUUAAUCAUGUACGGCAACAUACAGGCGAAUCGCCGCACAAGUGCACAUACUGCACCAAGACGUUUACGCGCAAGGAGCAUUUGACGAAUCAUGUGCGCCAGCACACGGGCGAUUCGCCGCAUCGUUGCAGCUACUGCAAGAAGACCUUCACCCGCAAGGAACACUUGACGAAUCAUGUGCGCCUGCACACUGGAGAUUCGCCGCACAAAUGCGAAUACUGCCAGAAGACGUUCACGCGCAAGGAGCAUCUCAAUAAUCAUAUGCGCCAGCAUUCUAGCGACAAUCCCCACUGCUGCAACGUGUGCAACAAGCCCUUCACACGCAAGGAGCACUUGAUCAAUCAUAUGUCGCGCUGUCACACCGGCGAUCGUCCAUUCACCUGCGAGACGUGCGGCAAAUCGUUCCCCCUCAAGGGCAACCUCCUCUUCCAUCAGCGCAGCCACACCAAGGGCCAGGAGUGCGAGCGUCCAUUCGCUUGCGAGAAGUGCCCCAAGAAUUUCAUAUGCAAAGGUCACUUGGUCUCGCACAUGCGCUCCCAUUCGGGCGAGAAACCGCACGCGUGCACACUGUGCAGCAAGGCUUUCGUCGAGCGCGGCAAUUUGAAGCGCCACAUGAAGAUGAAUCACCCGGAUGCUAUGAUGCCGCCACCACCCGUGCAUCCGCAUCCGCAAAUACCGGCUGGUGUGCUGACCCAAGUCAAGCAGGAAGUGAAACCGAUCAUAAUUCCCCAUCAUUCGGCGACGACCACAAUGCACACCAUACAGCAGAUAACAGCGGGCGCUGCAGCGGCUGGCGCUGGUGCCGUCCAGCUGACGCCCGGCCUGGUGCCGCUCGUCACCAGCACGCUCAUCUCCCAUAAUGCCCAGCAGUCGCAGAAGCAGCAGCAGCAGGUGGCUGCUGCAGUUGCUGCCCAGCAGCAGGCGGCAGCAGCAGCCGCUGCACAGCAACAGGCAGCCGCGGCGGCACAGCAGCAAGCGGCGGCGGCAGCAGCACACCAGCAGCAUCAGCAACAGGUGGCCGCACAGCAGCAACAACAACAGCAGCAGGCAGCAGUUGCUGCACACCAGCAGCAGCAACAGCAACUGCAGCAGCAACAAUUGUUGCAAUUGUCCAUACAGCAGGCGGCGCAUCAUCACCAGCAGCAACAGCAGCAUCAACAGCAACAACAACAGCAGCAGCAGCAGCAACAACAACAGCAGCAACAGCAGCAACAUCAUCCACAGCAACAAGCGCAUCCACAAGCGCCGCCACAGCAGCAGCAACAGCAACAGCCACCACCGCAGGUUCCCAUUGCAUUGAUAAGUGAUCCAAGCGCGCUGGCUCGUGCCGCCAUGCAGUUGCAGCAUCUGCCAACAAACGUGGAGCAGCAUCCGGUGGUUUACUAACAGUAGCCCCUCCUGCCUGGCUACCCGACGACAGCGGCGGCCCCAACAACAGCCACAACACAAUGGUGAAGCACACAAAAUCCGGCGGCCAAUCGAAGCAACUGAAGGCAACAACAGCUAUAACAGCAUACAGCAUACAGCACAGCAAGAUCCCUCACAUCCACAUAAGCAGCUAGUUAUAUAUGUAUAUGUAUAUACAUGUAUACAUUUAUAGUUUAUAGUUUCGCGCGCUGGUUACGCCUUGAACCCGAUAGAAUGUCUCUCUAUCUAUAUUCAACUCUCUGAUCAGGCGCCCGCUUGCGCAACGUGCAAUACAAGAAAAACAAACAUCUCAUAGUUUCCCGUCAUUGUUCUCUAACCGAUCUUGGUAGGCGCUUAGCGUCUAUAUAUAUGAUAAAUACUUCUCACGUCCCUGUUACAUUUAUGAAAUGUACGCGUAACAAAGGCACUGAAUAUGGCCGUUAGCUGUGCUACCGGCCAAGUUAAUGAGAGAGUUCUUCAAUGGGUUCAACAAGCUGUAAUCAGUUUUUAAUAAUCGUUCACGAUGUGCAAAUGAAAUAUUGGCUUUGUGCAAUAACUCCGUCUUAUUGAAAAAUGAAAUUUAUGAUAUGUAUUCGUAUAUACCAAACCCAGAUAAAACAAAUGUGAAUCCUAUACGAAGUUACCACUGGAAUUCAAGCAAAUCGGGAACCCUAAAUAUUUCACAGUUACAGAGCAAGGAUUACUAAGUUUUGCAGGCGAAUCACUGUUAACCUUUCCUAAUAAUGGCCUAUGAAAUAUGUGGUUCGCCCAUCCCAUUUCAACAAAACUGCUUUUGAUCGUGAACGAGUAUUAUUCAGUCGGUUGCGCUCGGCUGCAAUGAUUUGAAUUGUUUAUUUUUUUAUUAUUAUUUUAUAUUAUGGCGCAUGUAUUUCUUAUAUUAUUUCUCAUUAAGUUAUGCAUAGGAAGUGAGAGAGACAGACAUACACACAUACUUACAUGGCAUCCUCAUAACAGUACACUAUUCAUGAAUAUAUAAAUUAUACAUACUUUGUAUAUAAAACUGCAGCAAAACUUUGAGAAAUCGCCGGAACAUUUUGUAUUAUUUUGUGCAUUUUGUAAAGCAAAGUAUGUUACGAAACAACCCGCUUAAACAGUUAUGCAUACACAUAUAUUAUAAACUACACAAAUAUUAUACUAUAUAUAUAUCAGCGCCCAGUUAAUAUAGAACACACCUCACCCUCUUAACCUUCAGCCCGAUUAGAGUUUAAGUCCGACAAAUUGUUGCCUAUGGAUGAUAAACCUUUGUUAUAUACAUAUAGGGCAAGGCGUAUUAAAUCAGUUAACUAACACGAUAGUUGAGGUGGAGAAGGGGAGAAGAUGAAGCUUAGGCUAAGUCAAAAGUAAAAGAAAAAGAAA